GAAGGCGGAGGCCAGCAGGGAUUCCUCAAGCCAAGUGGUCCCGUCCGUCCGCGGCGGGCAGAAAGGGCCACCCAGUGCAGCCUCUUCCGGGUCCUGCGACCUGAUGGCGUUACCAGGGAGACGCCUCUCCGGAGGCCUAGCCAGUUGAAAGUUUUGGUCUACGGUUUCCUGCGGAGGGGCGCGCCAACAGGGCAGGAUCAAGACUGCAACAGAAACGCCCCACUAUGGGCAUCGCCCCACUGAGGGGCAAAGGGAGCACCACAUUCGUCCUCAUCGGAAGGCGCUCUGCUUGUGCGUCACUUCCGGUGAGCUCCGCGGCGACAACGGCAACAUGGCCCUGAACGGCGCUGAAGUCGACGAUUUCUCCUGGGAGCCUCCUACCGAAGCGGAGACGAAGGUGCUGCAAGCACGACGGGAGCGGCAGGAUCGCAUCUCCCGGCUCAUGGGCGACUACCUGCUGCGUGGUUACCGCAUGCUAGGCGAGACGUGUGCGGACUGCGGGACGAUCCUCCUCCAAGACAAACAGCGGAAAAUCUAUUGUGUGGCUUGUCAGGAGCUCGACUCAGACGUGGAUAAAGAUAAUCCGGCUCUGAAUGCCCAGGCUGCCCUCUCCCAAGCCCGGGAACACCAGCUUGCCUCUGCCUCGGAGCUCCCCGUGGGCUCCCGGCCUGCUGCUCAGCCCCCAGUACCCCGUCCAGAGCACUGUGAGGGAGCUGCUGCAGGGCUCAAGGCAGCCCAGGGGCCGCCCCCUCCUGCUGUGCCUCCAAAUGCAGAUGUCCUGGCCUGCACACAGGAGGCCCUCCUGCAGAAGCUGACCUGGGCCUCAGCUGAGCUAGGCUCCAGCAACUCCCUGGAGACUAGCAUACAGCUGUGCAGUCUUAUCCGGGCUUGUGCUGAGGCAUUGUGCAGCGUGCGGCAGCUGCAGCACUAAGAGAUCCCUCCUGAGAAAAACCCUCUAGAAAAACAACUGUUCUUCUUGUG